ACAACGCUUUGAAGCGUGAGAGUCUGGAGGAUUCGCGAGUUUGCAGCUUUGCAAGUCAAUAUUUUCGGAGAAAUCAGGUACCAGAUUCAGCAUCAACGCCAGGUUUUGUCCUCAGAUCCGCUCCAGUCAUUUGGGCUGUUAUCACCGUCAUGGCAACAAGUGGAGUCAGCUGUAAUGACGUGGAAAGCAGUUUGGAAGGGGAGGUUAGCAAUGGAAUGUUGACUGCAAAACCCUACAGGUGUGAGGAGUGCAGCAAGCAGUUCAGGUACUUAAGUCAAUUGAAGACUCACAUGCGGAGUCACACUGGAGAGAAACCCUACAGUUGUGAGGAGUGCAGCAGGCAGUUCAGUCAGCUGAGUAAUCUGAAGACUCACAUGCGGACUCACACUGGGGAGAAACCAUACAAGUGUGAGGAGUGCAGCAGGCAGUUCAGUCAUUUGAGUCAUCUGAAAUUGCACAUGCGGACUCACACUGGAGAGAAACCCUACAGGUGUGAGGAAUGUGGCAAACAGUUCAGUGAGCUGGGUAACCUGAAAAUUCACAUGCGGACUCACACUGGAGAGAAACCGUACAAGUGUGAGGAGUGCAGCAAGCAGUUCUGUCUUCUGAGUGAUCUGAAGAGACACAUGCGGACUCACACAGGUGAGAAACCCUACAGGUGUGAGGAAUGUGGCAAACAGUUCAGUGAGCUGGGUAAACUGAAAAUUCACAUGCGGACUCACACUGGAGAGAAACCGUACAAGUGUGAGGAGUGCAGCAAGCAGUUUAGUCAGCUGACUCAUCUGAAAGUUCACAUGCAGAUUCACACUGGUAAGAAACCCCUCAGGUGUGAGGAGUGCAGCAGGCAGUUCUGUCGGCUGGGUGAUCUGAAAACACACAUACGGACUCACACAGGUGAGAAACCCUACAGGUGUGAGGAGUGCGGCAAGCAGUUCAGUACCUGCAGUCAGUUGAAGACACACAUGCGGACUCACACUGGGGAGAAACCCUACAGGUGUGAUGAGUGCAGCAAGCAGUUCUGUCAGCUGGGUAAUCUGAAAACACACAUGCGGACUCACACUGGGGAAAAACCCUACAGGUGUGAGGAGUGCGGCAAGCAGUUCAGUUACCGUAGACAACUGCAGAGACACAUUCAGACUCACACAGGUGAGAAACCCUACAGGUGUGAGGAGUGCAGCAAGCAGUUCAGUUACCAAAGUCAACUGCAGAGACACAUGCGGACUCACACUGGUGAGAAACCCUACAGGUGUGAGGAGUGCAGCAAGCAGUUCAGAGAGCUGGGUAAACUGAAGAUUCACAUACGGACUCACACUGGGGAGAAACCUUACAGGUGUGAGGAGUGCAGCAAGCAGUUCUGUCUUCUGAGUGAUCUGAAGAGACACAUGCGGACUCACACAGGUGAGAAACCCUACAAGUGUGAGGAGUGCAGCAAGCAGUUCUGUCAUCUGAGUGAUCUGAAGAGACACAUGCGGACUCACACAGGAGAGAAACCAUAUAGGUGUGAGGAGUGCAGCAGGCAAUUCAGAGAGCUGGGUAAACUGAAAAUUCACAUACGGACUCACACAGGAGAGAAACCCUACAGGUGUGAGGAGUGCAGCAAGCAGUUCACUCAGCUGGGUUAUCUGAAGUCACACAUGCGGACUCACACAGGCGAAAAACCCUACAAGUGUGAGGAGUGCAGCAGGCAGUUCAGUCAUCUUUGCAAUCUGAAGACCCACAUGCGGACCCACACUGGGCAUGAUUCUUAAAAAUGUGACGAGUGUUGCAAACCCAGUCAAGAGAUGUAUGUAGGCCACCUAAGAUGACGUGAAAAGUUGCUUUGGACAAAUGCUUGACUGAAGAAAAGAAAGAACUGAUAGCCUCUAAGUUAGAUACCGAGUGUGCUGUUAUAGUUAGAUGUCAGAUAACAAUGUAACAAAGUGAUUUUUGUUGAACAGUUCGUUUUAUGAUUUACUUAUAUUCGACAAUG